GUGCCCCUCCCAGAAGCGUGCAGGGAGGGUAUCGGGUGGUGAGAGUAGUGUUAGUGCCAGUUGGCAUCCCGUUGUUAGUGCCGGUCUUGCUGUACAGGUGAGCUCCCAGGGGCUCUCUCUCUCACCCUCCUUCUAACCCCCCUUAACCUUUCCUCAGCCUCACACACCCUAACCUUCCGGGUCACUAACGGAAGUGUCCGCCGCUGCGAGUGACUGGAAGAGGCGUGUCGGUCGCCAGUGAGGCAGUACGGAAGUUGUGGUGUGGGUGUUCCCGGGGCCGCGGACUCAAGACAGCCCGGAGUGAAGGGAAUAUAUGAGAAUGUCGUGUUAGUGGUGGUGUUAAGGUGUCAUGAGGCAGGACACGCGCCCACCUCCUCCUCCUUCACCUGUGUGACCCCCAUCUCCUCCUGCGUGUCUCCUGGUCGUCGUCACAGCUCCUGCUAUCAGCUGCCUCCUCAUCCUAUUUGUAUUAUUAUCGGCUUCACAUUUUCUCUCUCUCUCUCUCUCUCUCUCUCUCUCUCUCUCUCUCUCUCCUCUCUCUCUCUCUCUCUCUCUCUCUCUCUCUCUCUCUCUCUCUCUCUCUCGCGCUAUCCUUCUUUCUUUGUUAUUCCCGUUAGUUUACAUUGUUCCCGGGAUAAGUGGGUGGGGCGAAUGUUGACUUCUAGCGACUCCGGAUACUACGUGAAGCUGUCCACACCGCUGGUCUCCAGACACCCGCCCCAGUACCCUGGGUGGCGUCACCUACGCCUGGCGGUGAAGCGCUCGCCUCAGUCGCCGCCUUCUGCAGCAGCCACCGCCUCCGCCCUUCCCCCUCCCCCUCUUCCUUCUCUCAGGGAUCCGUCCUUCAGGAGCCACCAACUCUCUCUGUGGUCGAGGAUAUUCCUCUGGCCUCGCCCACACUCGCUCCUCUCGACGUGUUCGUGACGGGACUCAGGUGAACGCCUGCGAAGCGCCAAGUGGCCACACCUCCUGUCCGCUCACCACCUCUCCCUCGUCUAGCCUCAUACACCCACACGCCAACACUAAAGCCAAAAACAGUUCAGCACCCUCCGCACCCCCGACACCUUGUGGCUGGUGUUUACCGAGCUUGCGAGAACGCCCGAGGCAGAGCCAACAAAGAUUAGAGUAUAAAGAGCCAAGCAAAGGGUAGCGGAGAGCUGAACAAAAAGGAGAGUUUAGGUUCCCCCAAUUUGGCUUUAUGUUAACGUGGGAGUGUGUUGUGGGAUGAUUCUUGUAAAGGCACGUGUGGAGAGGGGGGAGUCGUGACUAUAGGGGAGAAAUGGGGGUGGCGGAGGGCACCCAGGCAGGAGGGGGGCCACACCAAGGUAAAGAGGACGAGGAGGAGGAGGCUGUAGAGGCGGCCAGGAGGGACAGUCCAACCUCACAGCAAAGCUCUUCCUCUCUGCCCAGUUUACAGGAAAGCAGCGGGUCUCAGGAGGGCGAGACGACACCUCUUGUCGUCCAGCAGAAGCCCAAGGGCAGGGUGGAGGGGCGACGGGGCCGCAACUGGUGGGAGUGGAAGGCAGCCGAGCAGCGGAAGAUGCAGAGUGGUGACGAAGGCGACGACGAACUGACCAGUUUGGAGGGCGAGACCCUCAAGAGGCGCGCCCCCCUUCCUAAGAUCCGCGAGAACCUGCCUGAACCUGACGGCGAGAGUGGAGGUGUUGGCGGGGUGUUGGGUGGUUUAGGGAUGGGGGGCGCGAGGGGGUCGGGCGGGGGCGUGAGUCCUAGGGUGCGCGUGACGUGGGAGGAGCGCGUCGAACCGCCACCACUACACCAGCCGCCACUCCCGCACCAGCCGCCACUCCUCCAGCAGCACCACCACUUCCCGCCCCACCACCAGCAGCCACACACGCGUCGCGCCCCGCCAGGCAGGACUCCUACACCUGCCUCUGGGUCACAGUUGCCCAACUCACCAGACAGAAACCUACCGACGUGUCCGGAGAAAGGGGCGCCGCUCUCGCCCGAGAACCCGCCCCCUUCAGCGCCGCCGAAGGACUUAGUGUACGCUGACGCAGGCGAGCGGAGGACACAGAGGGGCCACCCACAGCGGCUCCCGGGCCGUCAGCAGCACCAGGAGCCGCCCCAGCAACACCCGACGAAGGCCCCAGAGGCUCAGGAGGGCCUCGCGGCUGCCAGGUUUCAGCCUCGAGUCACUUCCAGUCCUCCGCGGGAGGCUCCACACGGGGGCGCGCCUGGUGAUCCCGGCGCAGGCGCAGCCAGAGGCAACGGCGGUGAUCCCGUGAAGCACCAGCACAAGGGUGUUGCUGCUGUUGCUGGUGGUGUCAGUGACAGGGACAGACGGAAGGCCAACAGUGUAUCAGAACCACAGACUAAGUCUCAACCACAGACCAAGUCUCAACCACAGACAAAGUCUCAACCACAGACUAAGUCUCAAACAGAGACAAAGUCUCAACCGCAGACCAAGUCCGAGUCACAGACCAAGUCCGAAUCACAGACCAAGUCCGAGUCACAGACCAAGUCGGUGCCAGAGAGUAAGUCCGGGCAACAGAGUUUGUCAGUAUGGAAGCCACAGCCUGGAGGAGGGGCCAAGUAUGGCCCUCCCGCAGCUAAGCAGCCCGGGCCGCCGGAGAGGGGCAGCGGGUCCCUGGUGUGGGUGAACCUGCCCGGCGGAGGCUCCAAGCUGGAGUGGAUGCCCACGCCCGCCCUCGUCACCAUCAAGACCACGCCGGCGCUGCCCCCCGCCGCCCACCCCCCUCACAAGCACCAUGAUAGUGGGGCGGGGGCGGGGCCUGGGAGGGGUGAGAGACCUGGGGGAGGAGCCCAGCCCGCCUCGGGGGAGCGCGUGACGCGUGCGAUCAGUGCUGUGCCACGUGCUAGUGACGUUGGAGUUACCCCGGGAGUGCACGAGUCUCCCCGGAGUGCGCCUUCCGGCACGCGCGUGCAGGGGGUGCUCAAGCAGCCCUCAGGCUCGCCCUCAACCCACAGUGCCCAGUCAAAAAACGGGGUUGCUUCUGCCCCGGGCGCGACGCGUAGGCCCGAGGGCAGAGGCAAGCACGAGAGUGAGGAGGGCACGGUGCUGACGGUGGCAGGGAGGGGCAGCGGGCAGGUAGUGCGGAUACGAGUGCGGCCGGAGGUGCACGCCUACCUCACGGGGCUGCCAACCACGUACAUCGCCGCCAGCAUCCACGCCGCCACCGCCUCCGGCCGGAGGGACAGCCACCAGGACAGCCAGAGCAGCUCCGGGUCGGCGCUGACUGGCGGGUCAGAUGGCGGUGGCGAGGGCUCAACCGGUUACCACGAGCACGACUAUGAGGAGGUGGUGGACGAGUACACGUUGCUGCGACGGGCCGUGGAUGACCACGACCCCGACGCCUUGCAGCUCCUGGCCGCCGCCGAGGCCGCCAUCAACCCCGACAUCCCCGCCAGGCCUCACGACCCAGAGGGCGGCGGAGGGAGCGAGUACCCGUAUCUGAGGGAGAUGAAGGAGCGCCUCCUGCUGUCCCGCGACCCGCCCCUAGCCAGCAUGGACGAGUCCUCCCCGCACGACGCCACCGACAACCAGCUCCUGGAGGUGCACCAGACCCCCGUCGGCACCGUCGUCAAGCUGAACGCAGACGGGUACGGGUCUCACACGUCGCCCACUCACCGCGUGGAGAGUUACUACACGGGCACCCUGGAGUCCCGCCGCGGCCUGCUCGAGUACUACCCCAAGAAUGCUAAGUAAGUACACAUUC